AUCUUUCCAGCCCCUUUUACAUUGCCCUCCUCAUGUCACUGAGUUUUUGUGGAUGGCUUUCUUUAGGCAAAGCUACAGUUGUUUUGUAUUCUAUCCAUGGAUUUAAUUAAUUUACAUACUAAUUUAUGUCAUAAUUCAUGAAUAUUAGUGUUUAUAGACACAACUGACUGAAUCUGAUUGUUUUGAAAGCCCCAGUAGAUACACAUAGUAUUUUGAACAGUCUGACAGGUUUCUGUUCCAGUAUGGGCACACACGCAAGACUUCUAUUCUGCUGGCUUUGUCUUCAAGUGAUCUUUGCCACUGUAUUGUCUGAUGUGUGGAAGGCAGAAGUUGUCUCUGAAUUGAAAGCGCUGGUCUCUUCUUGUGUUGUCCUGCCCUGCAAGUUCCAGUACCCUGGAAAACCACUUCCAGACUCACGCAUUAGGGGAAUCUGGCACAAACAGGACAAACAUGAUCAAAGACUCUAUCAUGAAGACCCUAUUGAAAUUGCAGACAACUUUAAGGGUCGCACAAGACUGCUUGGCCACUUGGGUGAAAAAAACUGCACUUUAGAGAUCGAUGAGGUCAGAAAUCAUGACCACGGCCCGUUCUGUUUCAGGGCUGAAAUCCCAACUAUAGAAAAGUAUUCUUUCGUGGAAAGCUGUGUGGCCCUAUCCAUGAUGCCGGCGCCAGAGAAACCAAAGCUGGAACAAAUGAAAACCUUGGAAGAUGGAGUUCCUGCUACGUUCAAGUGUUCUAUCAGACACACCUGCCCCUCCCAUCCCCCUACCAUCACCUGGAGCCGUUCAAAUAGUGAAGCCACUUGGAGCAACAGGGACAUUCUUCAUGGAAACUGGGAAAUGGAAUCCUUGCUGAUUUUCAUCCCAACAGAGAAGGAUGAUUUCACAGACCUCACUUGCACCGUCAGUUUCCACGGCGGCCUGCAGUCUUCAGUUUCUUCUCUCAUGCUCGUGAAACGUAAGUCAAGUUGGGCAUGUCAAACUGGGGAACGUCCAGCUCAAAGUAAAGCAAACUUCUUACACAUCAUAAUUCCAGUUGUGGCUGUGCUUGGAACCUCUCUUUUAUUUGGAGGGGUGUUCUACAUCAUGUGCAAGAAAUAUAGGAGACAGAUCCAAGAUCUCCAAUCUAGAAACGCAAGUGUGUACAACAAUUAUUGAACAAACAGCCUGCAGCAACAUGUUCAUCUGACUACACUGGGGAUCCCAAAUGAGAAUGAAUGAUGAUGGAAGAUGGAAGUUUUCACUUGCAUAGAAAUAUACAUUCUGCAUAGCUCCUGCGUAAUACUGUAUCAUUCUACCCAAGUAAUUCAAAUGGCAGUCCCAGGGUAAAAAACAUUUUUCAGAUCUUAGAUCUUUCUCUAGGACCUUGUUCUGACUGCCAGCCCAAGUGAGAUUUUUGGCAUAUCAAGAUUAUAUCCAGUGUGGACCCAAUGAAGUUUGCAAAUUGGAUCCAAAUCACAUGUGGAGGUGGUUUGAAAUGUGAUUCCAAUCCAGUUUUUGCAGAUGCGUCUCAGUGUAGAUUCCCUGGCCACUCUAACUGGAUUUAAAAGUCACUAUUUAAAAUUGUGACACAACAAACGACGUCAAACAACAUCAAAUCCAGAGUGACAGAAGUGAUGGGAUUCAAGAGGAGCCCAAAGAUUCAACCUUAUAUUGUUAAAUUGUUACCACAGCAACCCAUGCAGGUUGUUGAUUUCUGGACAUACAAAUCUUACCUAAUCACUUGCAAAUAAUAGUACAGACGGUUGUCUCAGAAGACCUGAUUUGAGAAACAAAGUCUGCAGUCUGAAUAUAGCCUAAACUGUAGCUUUUCUUUUUUUUCAAUGUUGUUUUUUAAAAGAUCUUUUUUAUUAGAAGUAGAAAGAUUUAGAUCACUGUUUUUUUAUUAAUAACAACAAUAAUAAUAAAACUUCUUUGGAAUGUGUUGCAGGCAUC